ACCUGCAACCGACACAAAGACAUUUCCUUGUGACUUGAGCUGCGAGACUGGACCCCAAAUCAUGAGUAUGAGCUUCUUUGGGAAACUUAAGAACCUACACAAUGGACCUCCAGCUCCAGCCAGGGGGACAGAUGACAAUGCAGGGUUUGAGUGGCCACAGGAGGACUUUGAUGAUGACGAUGAUGACGGUGACACGUAUGAAGUGCCUCCCUGUGAGCGCCACACUGCGAAAGUCCCACGGCGACCAGUGGAGGAGAACGUCUAUCUGGAGAGGCAGCCCAAACCCACACCUCCACACAGGCAGGCGGCUCUCCCACCCAGACCAGCCAAAUCCUCGAAACAACGUGCUGAAGAUUUCUCCUUUGAUACCAAAACCAAGAAAGCACCUGAGAUAGACAGAACUGAGAAACCCGGGAGAAAGAUGAUGCCUCCCCCGAUGGUCCGCUCUGCUCCUCUUCCAGAUCCUGCGUCCAACACAGAGGAAGAUGUAUAUCUGGAUCCAAAUGAAGAACAGGAAGACGACGAUGACCUGUAUUUAGAACCUUCAGCUGCUUGCCCUCCGGCCACUCGUGCGCCGAUGAGGAUGCCUCCGUCUCCGUCUCCCAGUGCUGGACUUGUACCUUCUGCCACACCCAUGAUGAAGCCUCCGGUUCCAAGAGCUCAGUCUAGUUCAGUCUUGUCUUCCUUGAACGAGUCAAAUACGGCUCCUUCAGUCGAAGUGAGACGCGCCACGCUUCCCAAACUCCCCCCACCGACUCCCGGCAUGAAGCCCCCUCUGCCGGCCAACCUGAAGGAAGCCAAACAAAGCCUUCUGAAUCCUCCUGUUGCAGACACUAAACCGGCUGCCUCCUCUGGUGGUAUGAAGGCGACCAAACCAUACAGGAACGAGGACAAAGAGUGGUUUGCUGAGGAUUGCAACAGGAAGACGGCCGAGGAUCACUUGCUGAGGGUCAACAAGGAUGGAGCCUUUCUCAUACGACACAGUUCAGCCCAGAGUGGACGCCAGCCGUACACUCUCGCCGUGCUCUACCAGCAGAAGGUCUACAACAUUCCCAUCCGCUUCCUGGAGGAGACUCGAGGUUACGCCCUUGGUAAAGAGGGCAAGAAGAACGAAGAGAUUUUCGGCGCCCUGGACGAGAUGAUUUCUCACUACAACAAUAACCAGCUGCUUCUGAUAGACAGCAUGAGUCAGGCCAAGCGCACGACUUAUUUAACGUAUCCUGCUCGCCCUUAAAACUAACAUGUACUUAUUUGAGUUAUAUGAGGAUUAUAUUCUAGUUUUCUGCAGGUCUACCGUGUGUCACAAAACUGUAAAUACAACUCUAACUGUUAUGACGUCUGCUAGAGUGCUGUUUUCUUCAUGUUUUUUAUGAAUUGAAAUAGACAAUGCAAACUUUUAAUGCAUCGAAACUGAGAUUAAAUGUCAGUUAAUGUUAAAGCUCAGAGAUGAUCCUGUUUUCUAGUCAUUUUAAAGCGACUGCAAAUGGUUGCAAAACUGUUUCUGUAUGUUUCCUACCAAUCGGAUACAGAAGUGAUGAUGUUGCUGUCAGAUCACUGAAUUUAACUCGCUGCUAAACACUCAAAACAUAUAAUUCAGCAGUUAAAAUGCUCCAGCAUCCCUUUGUGCCUCCUGCUCAUGUCCAUUACGACCAUGUCUGAUGAAAUGUUGAGAUAAAUGUCUCUUUGAUUUACAUUUUUGUUAUGCGUACAGAUUUGGUGUGUAUCUUUGCACAGGUUUAGUUUACCUUUAGUUUGAUUUUUAAUCCAGGUCUUCUGUAUGAAACGGGUGUCUUUUCAAUGUGAUAUUGUGCAAUACAAAGUAAAUCGUUUGUAUUUCAUUUAUUU